AUGGUGAGCCCGGGCGCCAUCAUAUUCGCAUUUUACGUGGGACGCGCCGUCGUGGAGGGCGUCCACGCGUACUUCGAGCGAGAGGGCGACACCAUCCGCGCCUGUUUGGCCAGGUUCAGGUUGCCGUCGGGCCCAAAGCUCACGUUGGAGCAGGCUCUGCGGGACGUGAGCGACGCCAAUCGCGCGCUCGCCGACGCCUCCGUCGCGCCGGACACACCGCGACCCGGGUGGAGGUACAAGGCGACGCUGUCCUACAGGCCCGGGGUGGCGCAGGCUGCGUUCUUCAGGGCGCUCAAAGUUGGACCGAGGGUGGCGGCGUUGGUGGGCCGUGUUGACGUGGAUCUCGAGGAGGUGCCCACGGCCCGCGACGCGCCGUCGAACAUCCGCGGCGACGGCGACGAGGGAGUAUCGCUCGAGGAGCUGGCGACGCGCGAUGGGAUCCGGGAAGGGGCCGACGACGACGGGUCUGACGACGACGACGACUUUGAGCACCUGAGCGUGUGCCGGCGAGCCACUUUGGCCGAGUUCUACACCCUCAUACGCCCGGCGCUCGCGCAGAUCGCGGUGAACAACGUCCCGGGAUCCGUCCACCUCACGCCGGUCUCUCGAGCGCCGCGCGCUAACGACGGGAACGGCGACGGCGACGGCGACGGCGAGGAUGAAACGUGCUCCAUUUGCAUGGACGCCGCCAUCGACACGGUCACCCGAUGCGGGCACGCUUUCUGCGGCGAGUGCUACGCGCGGUGGCUGUGCCGAUCCAGGGAUUGUCCACUGUGCCGCCAGCAUCUCGCGCACCACGGGGGCGCGUACGAGCUCGUGCGACCCGAGGAGCUGGCGGAGGACGAGGACGGCGGAGCCGAAGCCGGAACUGUCGCGGCGGAGCCGGCUAUGGACAUCGGGUGGCUCCGAGGGAGACUGGCGUCGCUUCCGAUCGUGAGCGAGCCGAGGAGGAGGGCGUGGGAGGCGUCGAUGAUACGCAAACUGAUGGAGGGGCGCUCGAACGCGAGCGAGGCCUAG